AUGAUGUUCACCGGUGGUGCCCACGCAAAGAGGCGCAACGCCGGCGGUGGUUCCAGCCGGAGGACCUCCGCGGAUCGUAGGAGCCCACAGGCUGCUCGCGUGGCCGCGGAUGGAUACACUUACAGAACCAGGAUUCCAAUACUGAAUCCAACGGAUCUACCACCGACAACAUCCACGGGAAGAACAUACGUAUACAAAACUAGGGUUCCUCUAAGAGAUAUCGCGGUAGCAGUCGUAUCUCCUCCACUUGAAAAGCACAACGUCGGGGGAGCAAUUACAAAAAGAAGAGGUGCAGUGAAACACAACAAGGUGCACGUGGUUCGAGGUCACAGGCUAGUCGCGAAAUUCUUCAGACAACCGACUUUCUGUGCCUUCUGCAAGGAUUUCCUCUGGUAAAGUUGAUAAACACGUGUGCAAGAGAGAUACGUUGUAACGCAAUGCAAGUAGAAAACUGCAAAUUGAAAUGUUCCAAGGGAAAUAAAACGGCCGUGAUGUUUCAUCGAGAAAAUACGGCCACUCUCCUAUCGAAUUAUCAUAAAUCUCGAUUCGUCAUAAAGUUACGGCAGCUUUGACAGACACAUACCGAAAAUAGUUGGCGUUAAUCGAAGCAUCGGCCGGCUAUUUCCCUCGAGUACGGCGUGUUCCCUAAUUAAUCUGAGGUGUGCUCUUUGUCGCAGGGGAUUCGGGAAGCAGGGAUACCAGUGCCAAGGUAAAUAUUAAAUCGCAGGCCGCGGUUUUUCUCUCGCUGUUGCCGGCCACGUUGUACCUCUAUUAAUAUUCCAUUCCUGCGUUUCAGCCUGCCAAACGGCGGUGCACAAGAAGUGCCAUGAUAAAUUGCUGACCAAGUGCCCGGAGAGUGGCAGGGAAUCAGAGAACACGGUAGUAAGUAAAUACGUUCUGGUCGAUAAUUGUUUUUGUUCCGAAAAAGGAAGAAACAUCGCUGAACAAAAGGCACAAAUUUUCUUCAAUGAUUCGUGAGAACCAUCUGUGCUUGUUUUGUACCAUUUCUUUUUCAUGAGAACCAGUUGUGCUUCUCGGUGGAGAAGCUCGACGUAAACUAUGCGAGGAAACUAUGUUUGCUUAUUUGCUCAGUGAUGCAUAGAUCAUCCAGAGGUUUUACCAGAGGAUUUGGAAAACAAGACUGUUUCUAACCGUUACCUCGCACGUUAAAAUUUACGUCUAUUUCUAAACGUUGCAAACGUUUGCAACGUGAUGCAACGCAGAACUUUACCAAAUUCUGAAUAUCCUCAGACAUCUUGGGCGGUUUAGUGAUCUAUCAAAUUCAAAUUUGUCCCACUAAAAACAGAUUUAAUUAUAUUAUUUUCUUUUCUUUUUUGUAGCAAUUAGUUAAUUACAUAUUUUAUAUAACUUUUUUCUUUUUUGUAAUAUAGAAACUUUAUGAAAACAUUUGA